AUGGUACACAAGCAUGCAUUUGAAGAUUUAGAUCGAACUUUGAAGGAUACAAUGCGAAUUGUCGAUCCAAUGAAUUUAAAUAUUCCAUUUGGAGGGAACUUGGUUGUUUUUGGAGGUGAUUUCAGACAAAUUCUACCUGUUGUUCCGGGUGACAGUAGACAAAACAUUGUUAAUGCUUCUUUAAGUAAUCUUGGUGGUCCGAAUGAUGGUAAAGCAAUUGUUGAUAUUCCAGAAGAUAUUCUCAUUAAUGAUCCAUGUGAUCCUAUUGGUUCAUUAAUCAAUUUUGUAUGUCCUUCGAUUCUUGAAAACUUCAACAUUGCAGGUUAUUUUCAAGAAAGAGCAAUACUUGCUCCCAAGAAUGAAGUUGUCCAAGAAAUAAAUGAUCGAUUGCUAAAAUUGAUUCUAGGAGAGCAAAAAGAAUAUUUAAGUUCAGAUAGCCUCUGCAAAUCUGAGUUUGUUCAUGAUUAG